GACAAAUUUUAGGGGCUCUUUGACUAAGUACGAUUUAAUUCAGAUGGAAUUCAAUAAAUCUUAGAAAUUAAGAUUUCAAAAAUAGCAAAGCUUGAUAGAUGCUUGCUAUGAAGAUACAUGCAAGUUGGAAUAAGCUCCAUUUUUAAGGUUGAGAAAAUUUAUCAUGUACUUCUCCGGCGUCUUCUCAGCUUUCCUGAUCUCCGUCUUCUUCUUCCCAGCAACAAAAGCGAAAUCAAGCUCCCAGCUUUUACCCGGCCAACCCCUACCCGACGGCGCCACUCUCGUCUCCUCCGGCGGCAUCUUUGAGCUCGGUUUCUUUUGUCCCGGUAACUCCACCAAUCGCUACGUCGGUAUUUGGUAUCACAACUUCUCCACCUCCACUGUACUCUGGGUUGCCAAUCGCGAGUCCCCUGUUCUUGACAGGUCGGGUUCGCUCGCCAUCGCGGAUGAUGGCAACCUGGUCGUGCUGGACGGCCAAAAGGUUGUCCUUUGGUCAUCAAAAGUUACCUCCUUGCAGUCGAAUAGAUCCACGGCGGAGCUGUUCGACAGCGGCAACCUUAUGCUCAACAACUCCGGCGUCAUCGCGUGGCAGAGCUUUGAUCACCCUUGCGACACCUACCUCCCCGGCAUGAAGGUCGGGCUCGACCUCAUCACCAACGUUAAUCAGGUGUUCACCUCAUGGCGCAGCGACGACGAUCCGGCGCCGGGGAACUUCACCGUCGGCAUUGCCCCUGAUCGGUCGACUCAGUUCUUUAUAUGGGAAGGCAACAAGCCUAGGUGGCGCUCCGGACGGUGGAACGGACAGGUGUUCAUAGGAAUACAGAACAUGGUGCCGACCUACAUCUACGGGUUCAAAUUGAGCAACUUUCAACAAGAGAACAAGAUGUAUUUCUACUACACGCAGUUCAACAGCUCUCACCGCUACGUUCUCAUGCCGGACGGCGUCGAGCGCCACCUCGUGUGGGCUGACGACAGCAAGAAUUGGUAUCAGUUUUGGGCGCAGCCGAUCACCGAAUGCGAGAUUUACAACCGGUGCGGAAACAAUGCGACUUGUACAGACAGCCUCGAUGGAAACUCGCCGUAUUGUAGCUGUCUGAAAGGUUUCGAGUUUGGUGGUGGCAACUUGACGGGUCGGUGCGUGAGGAGGACGCCGCUGCAGUGUGAGAGGAAUAAUGGCAAAGCCGGCGGUGGCGGUGGCGCUGGCGAGCCUGACGGGUUUUAUUUAAUGCAAGGGGUGAAGCUGCCGGAUUUGUCGGAUUGGGAUUCGGGGCCUUCGAAUGAUAGCCAAUGUAAGGAGGCUUGUUCGACGAAUUGCUCCUGUAAAGCUUACAGCUAUGUUACAGGGAUAGGAUGCCUGACAUGGGGAAGGGAUAUGAUCGACAUCCACCUGUUCUCCAGUGGCGGGAAUGAUUUUUAUCUGCGGCUCGCCGGAUCGGAAUUUGAUGAUCAUAAGAAGGGAUUAAAAGGAUAUUUCAUUGUAAUCAUUGUGUUGUCGGCAGUUUUGCUGCUAGUGGGAGGCUUCGCUUUGCUGUGGAAAUACAAGAGCAGAAUGGAAGUUUGCAAUAGAAGACAGAUGAGACGGCAGGGAAGUCUUGUGGACCAGAGUGGAUCAGUUGGAGGUCAGUCUACAAGGUUUUCUUCAGUGAUUGAUUUAGAUGAACAGGGAAAAGGUGAGCACAAUGUGCGUCUGUUUGGUUUUCAGACGAUAGAAGAAGCAACCAUUAACUUUUCUUCAUCGAAUUUGCUUGGAGAAGGAGGAUUUGGCCCUGUGUACAAGGGCAUACUGUCUAAUGGGGAAGAGAUAGCAGUAAAAAGACUUUCUAGGAGUUCUGGUCAAGGCAUGGAGGAAUUCAAGAAUGAGGUCAUACUAAUCGCAAAAUUGCAGCACAGGAAUCUAGUCAGGCUCUUAGGUUAUUGCAUCAAAAAGGAGGACAAGAUGUUGGUCUAUGAAUACAUGCCUAACAAAAGCUUAGAUGCAUUACUUUUUGUAAACACAAGUAGGAAACUUCAGUUGGACUGGAAGACAAGAUACACCAUAAUUGAAGGAAUUGCUCGUGGUCUGGUCUACCUCCAUCGCGACUCGAGAUUACGAAUCAUACAUCGUGAUCUAAAAGCAAGCAACAUCUUACUCGAUGAGAAUAUGAAUCCAAAAAUAUCAGACUUUGGAAUGGCGAGGAUCUUUGGUAGCGACGGUAAUGAAACCAGCACGAAGCGAGUGGUUGGAACAUACGGUUACAUGUCACCAGAAUAUGCAAUGAAUGGCUUGUUCUCAGUAAAGUCUGAUGUGUAUAGCUUUGGAAUACUGCUUAUAGAGAUUGUCAGUGGGAUAAGGAACUCCACAUACUAUAACUCUGAAGUGUCGCUCAACCUGCUAGGAUAUGCUUGGAAGCUAUGGAACGAGGACAAUGUGAUGGAGCUGGUGGAUUCAUCUAUAAGAAGUUCAAGCUCGAUAACGGAGGUAUCAAAAUGCGUCAAUGUUGGGCUAUUGUGCAUUCAGGAUCGUGCGAAUGACAGGCCGACGAUGUCAUCUGUGAUUCUGAUGCUGGAGAGUCAGAGCUCUGUUCAUCCAAUGCCGAGGCAGCCUAAAUUUGCAGCAGAGAUGAAACAAACAGAGACCAAUUCGCAGUCGUUCGAUCCGAGGAUUGGACAAUCUGGAAAUGCUUCUAUUACAAUGUUAACUGGGAGGUAGUUCUUUUUGCUCUGUGUGCUGUGGUGCACUCAGGAGCGAAAAGUUUGUCCUUGCAUAUAUUUUGUAUACAAUUAUUUCGUUGUUAAAACUUGCAACUUCGGUGACUAUUUGAUCUAAAUUAUUUCG